CCGGCACUUACUCUAUGUACUAAGCAUGAAUUACCAAGUCUCGGAGUUUUGUUGAUCCUGAAAAUGCGGCUGUCACCGAAAUUUCGGACAAUACAGUUCAAGUGGAAAGUCAGCUUUUGUUCUUUUCUUGAUACAGCAAAAUCAUCUAGCUUCCAUUGCCUACAUCCCGAUCUCUUCCUUUCGCUUCCUGCCUACUAGCUUUUGCAAGCAUAAUCUUGACCCACCAACUACUGGAAAAUAUCACAACGCGACCGGUUAUGGCGAUGCGUAACUCGUUUCUUUUAUCUUCACGACUCAUCAGGCCUCUGGCCAUCGGCAAACAAUGUGUGCGAUGCUUCCAUAAACACGCAUCUACGCCUUCUGUGCCUUCGCCAACACCAUUUGUCCCUGACGUCGAAACAUUUCUUACGUUGAUUGGCCGUGGCAUGACUAAACAUGCAAGCAAGCUGCCCUCAUGGGAGAAGCUGUUUACCCUCAGCUCUGCUGAGCUCCGGGAUAUUGGCAUUGAGCCGACUCGUCAACGGCGUUAUCUGCUCCGGAAAAGGGAGAAAUUCAGGAAUGGAGUCUUUGGGCCGGGUGGUGACCUGGAACAUGUUGUUGAUGGUACAGCCCAAUUGCGCGUAAUUGAGGUUCCAUUGACAACGGACUAUCAAACCUCCGGCCUCUCCAACUCCUCGGCCACGCUCUCUCCAGGGAUGAGGAAAGUGAUUGUCAAUCUGCCACCUGAUGCUUCCGAAUAUAUACACGACCCAUCGAAACCACUCAGAAAGUUCGCGCACGUGAAGAUCCAUCGUGGUUCCAUGCUUAGUGGACCAUUCUUACAACCAAUCAAAGGCACAGAUAACUGCGCAGCUCUAAUAAAAGUCCAGGAAGGCAUGUGGGAGGAUAAGUUGGGACACAAGGUGGAUGGUGGUGAAAGGAGACGUGCCGAGGUUAGGGCUAAAAAGAGGAGUGAGGAAAGGAGGAAGGGAACAGCAUAAAUCUCAUGAAUUUAUGAGAACUGCGGCGAAUAAUUGUCUUACCUUUAUAAUAGUUUACUGUACUUGUUUGGGGUUUGAAUCGCAAUAGCACCACUUCAUUGACUAAGAGCUAUACUACCGGAGUGCACACUUUCUGGCACUGUAUAACUGCACACAUUGAUCCGUGUGCGCUGUUAGGUGAUAUCUUCCAACAGUCAGGCUUAGGUCAUAACGUUGAAUUAAAAUAGUCUAAUAGGAAAAUGGAGCUUCCUGAAAAUUAGCCCCCGAUAU